GCAAAAGAAAUGAAAAGUGACGUUAGCCGUAUGGAAGAAGAAUGUUUAAUCGAGAAGAGAAGAGCAAGCACGUUGGAGGAAUGUUCCCAUAUAAUUGGGGCAAAUGGUAUGGCUCGCUACAACAGGGAAACAUUCAGACAACUUUUCUUGGAUGUGGCGUUAUUGGAAAAACUGUUCUCUUUAUUCGACCAAGAUCAAGACAAGUUAUUGACACAAGACGAGUGGAUUGAAUUCUUGAAGGGAAGACUAACGAAUGAUAAGCAGAAUGAUUUUAUUGAUCAAGUUGAAAGCGUUGCAUAUAGCAUGUGUGGUGAUAAUCCUGUAACUUUCACGAAAUUUCAACAGAUAUUUUCUACUAAAGAAAUUGUCGACAAAUUAUAUCGAUUGAUUGAUCUAGAAAAUUUGGGAUACGUAACAUCCUCCCAAAUUAUCGAGUUUAUUUCAAGCGUCAGUGAUAAGAGGCCACGUGCUGGCUUCGACAAGCGUAGUUUGGAAUGGCUAGAAAUGAUUUUCAAGGAAACGGUGGGCAACGAAAAAGAGAUAAGACGCGAAGAAUUUAAUAAAAUCGUCACUUCGAAGAACACAUUCUUCACUGAUAGAGUAUUCCAGAUAUUCGAUAAGGAUAAUUCUGGAACAAUAUCUCUUCAAGAAUUUCUUGAUGCGAUGCAUCAAUUUGCAGGAAAGAGUUCUGAUGACAAAAUCAAAUUCCUUUUCAAAGUUUACGAUAUAGACGGUGAUGGCGUGAUACAGCUUCGUGAAUUAGAGCACGUGAUGAGAGCCUGUAUGGAAGAAAACGGAAUACAAUUCAGCGAGGAACAAAUCGAGGAACUAACUAUCGCACUAUUCGACGAUGCCGAUCAAACUAAUCGAGGUGCCAUCACCUUCGAGGCCAUGAAGAAACAAUUGGAAAAACACGAAGGACUACUAGAAAAUCUUUCGAUCAGUAUCGACCGAUGGCUAGUGCCACCAAAACCAGAAACGAAGCGUAAAUCGCGGUUAGGAUUUCUCGCCUCGUUACGUCCUUAUCAACUGACGAAGCCCUACAUGAAGAACAAUUACGUUUACAUUGUUUUCAUCUUGAUUUUCAUCUCAACCAAUGUGGCUAUAUUCCUGUCAAGAUUGUACGAAUAUAGGGCAUCCAAUGGCUACGUCAUGCUUGCCCGCGCCUGUGGUCAGUGUUUAAAUUUCAACUGCAGCUUCAUCCUGGUUCUUAUGUUACGCCAGUGCAUUACUUUCCUGCGAACCCACGGCUUUAAUUCUGUGUUACCACUGGAUCAACACAUUUACCUUCACAAAAUAACUGGAGUUCUAAUCGGUGUUCUCUGCGCAGUACAUACACUGAUGCAUCUUUUGAAUUUCGGUACAAUCGUGGUGAAUGACAAGAUUCUUAAUCAUGCUAAUUACACACUAUCUGAGUGGUUAUUAACAAAUCGACCAGCUCAAUUUGGUCUCGUAGAGGGCUAUGCAAAUCCAACUGGAGUCAUCCUUGUCAUCAUUCUUGUUAUAAUGACGAUAUGCUCGAUGCCAUUUGUUCGUCGUCGUGGAUGCUUCGAGAUAUUUUACUGGUCACACUUACUAUACAUACCCUUCUGGAUACUAAUGAUACUACACGGACCAAAUUUCUGGAAAUGGUUCAUAGUCCCAGGCAGCAUAUAUCUGCUGGAAAGAAUUCAUCGAAUUGCCUGGUCUCGUUCACAAUUAGGGAAGACGUACAUAAGCUCGGGUCUUUUGCUGCCAUCAAAAGUGACGCACUUGGUCAUUAAGAGGCCACCUCAUUUCAACUAUCACCCUGGCGAUUACAUCUUUGUGAACAUUCCUAUCAUAGCUCGUUACGAAUGGCAUCCUUUCACUAUCAGCAGCGCCCCGGAACAAGAAGAUUAUAUUUGGCUUCACAUACGAGCAGUAGGUGAAUGGACAAAUAGCCUUUACUCGUAUUUUGAGAAGGAACAAAUGAAACUUCAAAGAAAUAAUAUGUUUCCAAUCGAGAGUUCCAGUAACGCGAAUAUUUCUGCGAAUAUACUUCCUAACAAAAAGUAUAAUUUAAGUCUGAGUGAAAAAGUACUUCCAGCCACUUCUACAGAAAGAAAUUAUAGUGGUUUCGACAACCCUGUGUUCACUGCUGAUAGCAAUGAAAUGAUUCAGUCACCACAAUCUGCAAUUGGUACAGCAAACAUAAAUAGAAUAUCGAACGAACAGAGGUUUCGCCGUUUACUACUUGGCAAGAUGCCAUUAGAAAAAUCUGUCUCAGUACCGGAUAUGCAAACAAGAAGGCAAAAGAAAGAAAGAAUGACAGCACUUCGCGAUUAUAUGAGGUCAGAAUCGGAAAGAAAUUUCAACGAACGUCAAAUGCGUUGUGCACGUCUGAAAUCUCUAGAUGAGGCUUAUUCUAGCCCACAGAAUAGAGGAUUGGCACAAAGCUUCCGAUACAUGCGGACUAAACCCACCAUAAUUGCUUUCAAGACGCCAAAUUUGGAAAAGUGCAAAUUCAAAACAGAAACGCCUACGAGCGAAGAUACUAUGUCGCAGACACGUAUAAACGAACACGAAAGUUCGUCGAGUAAUUUAUUCAGAACGCAAACAGCAGCGGAAGAAGGUGAAUUACAAACAAAAUUUGGAGAAGUGUCAACAAGAAACAUCGACGAUACCAAGUCUCAUACUUCUUUGCAAAUAACCCAAAAUUAUAUUGUAGAAAAGCCACUGGAGAUUUUCCUGGAUGGACCAUAUGGAGCUCCUUCGAGUCAUAUAUUCCAGGCACAACACGCGGUCCUAAUAGCAACAGGAAUUGGAGUGACACCAUUCGCUUCGAUAUUACAAUCUAUCAUGCAUCGUUAUUGGAAAGCCAGACACACCUGUCCACAAUGCAACUUCGCCUGGGCCAGCGAGAUUCCGCCGACUGUGAUGAAACUUCGGAAGGUAGAUUUCUUCUGGAUCAAUAGAGAUCAACGAUCUUUCGAAUGGUUUGUGAACUUACUGUCUCAAUUGGAAAUGGAGCAAGCAGAACUUGGCGUUGCCAUGGAACGUUUCCUUGAGAUGCACAUGUAUAUCACCAGUGCUUUGCAAAAAAAUGAUAUGAAAGCUGUUAGUUUGCAGCUAGCUAUGGACUUGGUUCAUCAAAUGGAAAAACGGGAUCUUAUAACGGGUUUAAAAACAAGAACAAACGCCGGCCGACCGAACUGGGAUAAAGUGUUCAAACAGCUUCAGGACCAAAAAAAAGGCAAAGUGACGGUCUUUUACUGUGGUCCACCGCAACUAGCAAAAAUUUUGCGUUACAAAUGUGAUCAAUUUGGUUUCAACUUCAGGAAGGAAUGUUUCUAA